GCGCCUCUCCCAUCUGACCCAUGUCUUUCAGUUGUCUCCAGGCCAUGUGGUGCUCCAUCUUGUCGACGGGGAGAUGACUCGAGUCUCCCUGUAGACCGGGCCUUGUAGUGUAGUGAGACGGAUCGUGAUCGGGUUGCAGGCGAGUUGUAUCGAGCCUCAAGCUUGAGAACCAGCCGUGAUGGACGGAGUACUCUCGUUGCUGUUGCGCCGUAUAUGAUAAGGUGUAUGAUGUAUCGAUAACACGAAUUGUACAGAUGCGAAAUAAGUAAUGGCUGGUGCAAGCAAUGGCCACCAGGCGGAGGGGUGGGUGGAAGGAGAACAGGGUAGAUAUGGAAAGCUCGUGUGGGUAAUAUGGCGAGGUCACGCAUGCAACCCCAGUCGGCUUUUCGAUCCGAUCGGAAGGGGACCAGAAGGGAAAAAGAAAAGAAAAGAAAAAAGCCGUUUCUUCUUCGAGUUCCCUCGAGUUCUCACGACGGAGGUAGCGGGGGAUAAGAAGAACGACAAAGGCAGUGGGUGUAUCUUUCGACUUGAAGUGAUGAAGAUGACGGAGGGGCAAUCAGACAAAGAGAGGGUCGAAGAACGUGCCCAUGUGGGUUUAAAGACGAUAUGGGGAUAUGCUAUACAUACAUCGGGCAACCAGUCAAGCGAGCGAGGCUAUGCUUGUCUCCGUCGGCGGCGGCUGCAUGAGCGUAGCGGAAGUUGUAGGAGUACUAAGGUUGCUGUUCUAGGAGACUGAUCUAGACGAGUAAUCUAGACGUGGGAGGGUGGGAAGG